GCGGGAUUGUAUCCCAAACCACCGAUUCUGCACUACAGGAGUGAAUUCGCAUGCAUUUCUUACUGCACUUCCUUAGUGUAAAGUAGUUAGGUCUAAAGGUCUAAACUUGACACUCAACAACCAGCACAAUCGAUAGACAACAGGAAAGCCCAACAGUGAAUCAUGGUCUCAUACUAUGACGAGAUUGAAAUCGAAGACUUCACCUGGGACGAGAAAGCGAAAGUCUACCAUACACCAUGUCCCUGUGGAGACCGCUUCGAGAUCAGCAAAUCACAACUGGCUAAAGGUGUCGAAAUCGCUACCUGUCCCAGUUGCAGUCUAAUCGUCCGAGUGGUUUAUGAUAUGCUUGACUUUGAAGAUUACGAAUCAGAUGAAGAAGAAGAAGAAAACAGCGAUUCAAGUAGCAUCGAUGAAAAAUCAAUCCCAAUCGAAGAUUCGCUCUCUCAAUUGACCUUGUAAAUCAACAGAAAAAUCGUCAUGGAAAUUCAAGUUUAGCUACUCAGUAUCACCCUGCUCUUCAACACUCCAUCUACAUCGGAUAAUAUUCCCUUUUUUUACAAGCACCAUCAAUGUCGAUCUCUCUGUACCAUCCCAUCAAGAUCAUCAAAAAGAAAUAUACAACCCCCCCCCCCCUCCCGACGAUCUACGCCCGUCUUUCGUGCGACAAUACUUAAUUCUUCAUUCGACACAUCAUUUGAUCAAUACGAUUGCUAUUCUCUUGACCACGAAUAUACCAUUGAAGAAACAGCCCGGGGUUUUCCAAAGUCACUUGAGAAGGAAAUCAAGCCAUGGAGCCCACACGAGCCGAGUUAUUUUCCGUGCAGUUGUUCAUGGCGCUUUCUCUCAUCUAGCACCGCCACCUCGUUUGUAUUUCGCAUAUAUGCAUGUGGAUCUAUUCUCCAAUAACAAGUACUAUUUCACCUCAUAA